AUGGCGAACCCUCACCCCAUCCAGCGACUGGCCGAGGACCGACCCUUUCACCAGAAAGAUUCCAUCAAGUCCGGUCUCCACGGCGCCGUGGUAGGUGGUGGAGCUGGUCUCUUCGCCUCCGCCGUGCAGAAUUCGCUCGCAAAACACCAUGUUGGGGUUUGGGGCGUCUUCACACGCACUGGUGGCACCAUCGCCUCAUUUGCCGCCCUCACAACUGUUUACAGCUUCUCCAAGGAUGCCGCUGCCAACUUGCGCGAGAAGGAUGAUUCCUUCAACAUAACUAUCGCUUCCUUUCUAGGAGGUGCUACACUAGGGCUAAGGUCCGGCCGAUUGCCGCGUGUUCUUGGUCUUGGCGCUGCCUUCGCCGUUGUCAUGACUGCCUUUGAUUUCACUGGUAGCAGUCUCGUUGGCAAGCAGACCGAAAUCUCCAGCAUGGAUGAGUACGAUCGCAAAGAAUAUCUCCGGAAGAACCGUAGACGACCCAUAGAAGAGACAAUAGCCGAUAUUGGGGAAGGCAGAGGAAUUGAACCGCCGGGUUACGAAGAACGAAGACGAGAGAGGCUAAAGGAGAAAUAUGGUGUCGAUAUCAAACCCGUCUCGGCGCUAGCAAACUAA